AUGGCAAGAAAAGGAGAUGGAAUUCAUGAACUUGAAACAGGGAAAUAUGACGGUAACUCAAUAUCAAGCCUAAUCGUGGAAUUGGCAAAGUUUGCUCGAAUAUGGAUCGGAAACGAGAUCAUGAAGGCAACGAAAUUCGAGAUGGGUUUGAGUUCCCACAUUCGACAGGUGGUGGUUCCUUUUAACCUAAACUCUUUCAUUGAUAUUAUGGAGAAGUCGAGACUAAUAGAAAGAGAGUUGAGAAUUACGAAGAGGAUAGACGAUGAAAGUUCAAAGAAACAAAGCAAUCCAAAUAUCGGUGAGGGGAGUCGAAGUGCAUUUCAACGUAUAAGGCCACGAUCUUUGGAUAACACGUCUCAGGGCUCAAGAAAUAUAUCGUUGCAAAAUCAACAUGUUCAAUGCUCACAUUGUUUUAAAAAUAAUCGUACCGAAGAGUGUCGUUGGAUAACUGGAGCUUAUAUCACAUGUGGGCAAUAUGAUCACACACGAGCCAACUGUCCACGAUUAAGAAGACCAUUUACACAGCCUUAUAUAUGUGAAUCUGGAAGCUCGGUGAAUCAAAGAUCAGUGCCAAAUCAAAACAAGAGAAUUGGGCAAGCACCUAGAGGGAAAGUACCCAGAAGUCAAGCACAAGGAGGCCAAGCUAGAAUAUUUUCUACGAUAAAUACUGAACAAGCACAUAAUUCUGAUGCUGUUGUAUCAAGUACCAUUUAUGUGUCUUCUAAUUAUUCUAUAGUAUUAUUUGAUUCUGGUGCUACGAAUUCUUUCGUGUCACAAAACUUUGUUACAAAGCAUGAUUGGAGUACUGAAUCCCGAGAUGUGAAACUAAGUGUUGAAACGCCACUAGGUGAUAAGAUAAUUGCAUACUUAAUUUGCAUGUCUAUGGAAGUUCAAAUAUGA